GUCCUGUUCUGAGCUCACAUGGAAUCAUCUACAUCGGAAGACAUGCCACAGCAGAUGCUUCUCUCGAUACUCCGAGACCAAACACACAGGGAGCUUCUGAGAAGUGCACCAUAUUUCGACGAGCAAGCCAUCCUAGCGCGCUGGAACAAAGAUCGUGCCGAUGAAUUGAUGCUGAUGGCGAGGAAGUUGAACAGUCACGUGGGGGUUCGGGAACAGCUCUACAUCUUGUACACAAAGUAUUUGGCGCUGACUGUGGAGCGGAACACACAUGAAUUCAGGAUUGCAGAGCGCGUGGUUGGAAUCCUCGAAAGGUCGAUUGAAGAUCACAUAACCCCAGACAGCAAGGCAAGUCUGCUGCAUGACAUGUUGUCCCGUGUUUCUGGAAUCCGAUCCUCAUAGAUGUUCGAGUCACUGCGAGUCAAAGCGGCACAAGAACAGGGGCAAGCUGAAGUUGACCUAUCAUUUGUGUGUAGUCUGUGGGGAUUAUUGGCGGGAUUGGUCUUGGGCGUAGUCGUUUGUAACAUUCUUAUCCGAUAUGUCACAUGGCGAUUGAGUUAAGUAGGAGACAGAUGCGGA